ACUGUUGUGUAUGUGGGUUCAGACAUUAUAAAUAUAUGUGGGUAUGUAAGGCAGUUCGUAAUAAACUACUAAGAACCCGAGACGCGUUUUACUUAACAGUGGCGACUGGAGGGAUUUUAAAAUAGAUAAAAGUGCUUUACGAACUCAAAUUCGGUGGAUUACGUUACUGUAAAUAUUAUAAAUAUUAAUUUUAAAAUGGCGAAGUUCGGUGAAUUCGACAUAGUGGGCGGAAAUUGGAAUUCAUAUUGUGACCGGUUGGAGAUGCAUUUCCUCGUAAAUAAAGUGUCAGAAGACCUAAAAGUGCCAACUUUAAUAUCGAUUAUGGGGGACGCCGCUUAUGAACUAUUGCUUAAUUUGUGUAACCCUAAGAAACCUUCAGAGUUAAAGUAUGAAGAAGUGAAAAAGAUGAUGCAAUCACACCUAGUUCCGAAAACAUCAAUUUUAACGGAACGUUAUCGGUUUCGGCGAUGCCACCAGAAAGAAGGACAAUUAAUCUCAGAGUAUGUAGCUGAUUUGAAAAGACUUUCGCGUUACUGUGACUUUGGUACAAAGCUCGAUGAAAAUAUGCGGGAUCAAUUUGUUUGUGGUUUGUACCAGGAAGCAAUGCGGCAAAGACUUUUCAUGGCAGAUGAAAACAUCGAUUUCGAAAAGGCGGUGGCGUUGGCGAAUUCGUUAGAAACGGCUGAAAGGGAGGCGUCAUCGGUAUCGGCACAAACAAAUUCGGCGGGUAGAUACAGCGGCGGCGGAGAGUGGUGCGGGGUCGCCGACCUCGGGCCGCGCGGCGCCGACGGUUCUAGACGGUCAGUGGGGCCGCGAGCCAGCAUGGAUAAAAUAGAAGCAGUGAAUUAUAACAUUACGGCAUGUAAUGCGUGCGGUGACAAUAGACAUCGGUGGAACGAAUGCCGUUUCCGUGCGUAUGUGUGUGACCACUGCUCGAGGCGUGGUCACUUGAGGCGGAUGUGCCCAGGAGAUGGAGCACCAGGCGCAGCCAGCAACGAGGCAUGGCGCCACUCACGGCGUGGGGGCCGCGGCGCGGGAGGCGCGCGGCGGCAGCCGGCAGGCAGCGGAAGCGGGUCGUGGGCGAGGCGCGGCGCCGCCCGCCCUCAGGGCGCGGCCCGGGCGCCCGCCGGCGGCGAGGGCGGCGCGCUGCAUCGGGCACACUACGUGCAAGAUGCACCUGAGCUGAGCCAAGAGGAGGACAGAGAGGAGGACUACGAAGAUGAACCUAUUUUGCAAAUGUCAUUAAAGGAAUACAAACCGAUAUAAACCGCUGUUUGACGGAGGGCUGGGACGGUUCACCGGUGGAAGGGCCAGCCUGCGGGUGCGCGGGGGCGCCGAGCCGGUCUUCUGCCGCGCGCGGCCCGUGCCCUACGCGCUGCGGGAGCGCGUGGACCGCGAGCUGGACGCCAUGCUGGACGCCGGCGUCAUCGAGCCCGUCGACUGCUCCGACUGGGCUACACCACUGGUAAUCGCAAGUAAGGCCGAUGGAGGUAUACGAAUAUGUGCUGAUUUCAAGGUUACAUUGAAUCAGGUGUUGUCAGUAGACAAAUAUCCAUUGCCUAGGAUAGAUGAUCUACUAUCUAACUUAAGUGGUUCUACAUGUUAUAGCAAGCUAGAUUUAUCACAGGCCUAUAAUCAGAUUGGGUUAGAUGAUUCUAAACGAUACACAGUAAUUAACACACACAGAGGUCUGUUUAUGUAUAAUAGGCUUGUAUAUGGUCUGUCAUCGAGUCCAGGCAUAUUUCAGAGAAUAAUGUCAAAUUUACUUCGUGAAAUACCAAAUGUUAUCGUUUUUAUGGACGAUAUUUUGCUGUACGGAAAAACAAUGGACGACCAUUUACAAGCUUUACACAGGGUGCUUCAGAAGCUUCAAGAAAAUGGGUUGAAAAUAAAACUAAGUAAAUGUACCUUCUUUGCUAAAGAAGUGAAAUACUUAGGGUAUGUAAUUGAUAAGAAUGGAAUAAGGGUGGAUGAGGAUAAAAUUAAACCAAUACUCAACAUGACGGAACCAAGGACAGUAUCCGAAUUAAGAUCUUUUCUUGGAAUGGUAAAUUUUUACGGGAAGUUUAUUAGAAAUCUGAGCACUCAUGUAGCUCCAUUAAAUGAUCUACUAAAGAAAAAUAAUAAGUGGUCAUGGGGGAAUAAGGAGAAGCGAGCAUUUGAAACUGUUAAACAGAUGUUAUUGAGUUGCGAUGUACUGGCGCACUACGACAGCGCGCGCCCCCUGGUGGUGACGUGCGACGCGAGUGCGCACGGGCUGGGCGCCGUGCUCACGCAGCCCGACGCGGCCGGCGCCGAGCGCCCCGUGGCCUACGCGUCCCGCGCUCUCACGCAGCCCGAGCGCAACUACUCACAAAUACAUAAGGAGGCGCUGGCGAUUAUUUAUGCGGUGAAAAAGUUUCACCAGUAUCUUUUUGGUCGAGAAUUUUUACUGAGGACGGAUCAUAAACCUCUUUUAAGCAUUUUUAACCCGGAGGCGGCUAUCCCAAGUAUGACGACAAGUCGCAUGCAGCGGUGGGCUUUGACUUUGUCAGCAUAUAAUUUUAAAAUUGAAUACAUUAGUACAGACAAGAACAUUGCAGACGCGCUGUCGAGGAUGAUCGCGGGGUACCGGGCGGACCGAGUGGACGAUCACGUCGAUGUUCCCGAACAGACAUACUUACAUUUCGCAACAGAAGCGCUUCUACUAGAUAGCAAUGUUAUAAAACAAGAAACAAACCGUGAUCCAUUACUCGGUCGAGUUUUAAGUUAUAUUAAACAGGGAUGGCCGAGGGAGGUGGAAAUUAGAGAGCUAAAACCAUAUUUUAACAGGAAAUCUGAAUUAUAUAUUGAGUUAGGAUGUAUUAUGUGGGGACCAAGAGUCGUAAUACCUAAUACAUGUAGGGAGAGAGUGUUGAAAGAACUUCACGAUUCACACAUGGGUAUGGUUAAAACAAAAAGUCUAGCUCGUAGCUAUGUGUGGUGGCCGGGUCUGGAUGAGGCUAUCCAGCAGACGUGUGCGGCGUGCGAGGUGUGCGCCGAGGUGGCCAGCAUGCCGCCGCGCCACGCGCCGCGCGCCUGGCCCUGGCCGGACCGCCCGUGGACGCGCCUGCACGUCGACUUCCUAGGGCCCAUAGCGGGAGCUACGUACAUGGUGCUUGUUGACUCCUGUUCUAAGUGGAUCGAGAUAGUGAGGAUGAAUGGUACUAAUGCAUCGAAUGUCAUUAAUAAAUUAAGAGAAAUCUGGGCCAGAUUUGGAAUUCCUAAACAAUUGGUAAGUGACAAUGGCCCGCCGUUUUCUAGCAUUGAAUUCGAAUCAUUUUUGAGAAAUAAUGGCAUUGAGCAUAUAUUUUCAUCUCCGUACCAUCCAUCUUCAAAUGGUGCCGCCGAAAGUGCCGUUAAGAUUUGUAAACAAAUAAUAAAGAAAGCAAUAGUAGAAAAGAAAGACAUAAAUGUGGCCUUGUGUAGGUUUCUUCUCAUGUAUAGAAAUACGGAACAUAGUGCGACCGGGGAGAGUCCAGCACAGCUGUUGCUGGGGCGCAGUGUGCGCACGCGACUGGACCGCGUGUUGCCGGACCGGGCGGCCGCGGCCCACGCGCGCCAGGAGCGCCAGCUGCAGGCCCGGCUGCUGCCGCAGGGCGCCCGCGCGCUCGCCCAAGGGGACCCUGUCUGGUAUCGUACCUACGGAUCUGCACAGAAAUGGGCUAAGGGUAAAGUGAUAGGUCCGCUAGGGGAGACUGAUUACGAAGUUGAAUCAUCUGACGGUGGUAGGAUACAUCGGCAUAUAGACCAGAUUAGGAAACGAUUAGAAAGUAGUAGUAAAAACUGUAAGCAAAAUCACCAAUGUAACCUUGAAAAUCCGUUAGUAUACUAUCCAUCCAUACUUACCAGUGAUGAUAAUCCGAUUGUGUGCUCGGAAGGAGCGUCGAGUGGCUCGGCGGCGGAGGUGACUGCGGGUCCCGCCGAGCUCCCCGCGACCCCGCAGCGGGGGACACCCCCGCCGGCUGUGGCGCCGGCGGAGCCGCCCCCAGCGGAUCCGGAGCCUGGCCCUUCCACGGGGCUGAGACGUUAUCCAAGACGUGAUCGAAAACCAGCCACCCGUUACGGUUUAGAAAUAGAUUAAAUUUAAAACUAAAGGGGAUUUACCUACUUAACUAUUAAUUAAUUAACCACCUACUGUUUGAUUUGUGUUUUAAUUACUUACAUAAUUAAGUGCAUUUAGUUAAGAGUAUUGUACUUACUUAUAUGUAUGAUGUUAAGCCGCUUGAUAGAAAAGUAUCUAUGUAGAUUAAUAUAGAUAGUUAUAAAUAUGUACUUUGAGUCCCUGCCUAUACAAAUGCCAAAUGGAUAUAAUAUUUAGUUUAACUUUAGUUGUAACCUGUUAUAACUUGAUACAUUGUUAUUAAAAAUGAUGUAUUGUAAAAGCGGGCAAAAGGUUAUUAAUUUAUUAGUUAUAUAAAUAGUAAAUAGUUGUGGUCUGAGAUAAAUGUUAUAAGUAAUUAUAGGAUAAAAAUUAAAAGUGUGACGAGUUAAAGUAAAUAAGCAGAUUACACAUAAAAUCUAAGUCAAUAACAACUUCUUAUGGCAGGGAAGGGUAGGAGUAGGUAAAGUAGUAAAUAAUAGAAACUUGCUUGUGUAUAAUUUUAUAAGAUUUAAAGGAUAGUAUUCAGUAAGGGUGGAGGUGUUGUGUAUGUGGGUUCAGACAUUAUAAAUAUAUGUGGGUAUGUAAGGCAGUUCGUAAUAAACUACUAAGAACCCGA